AUGCGGCAGGGCAGCUUCUUGCGCAAGGGGCUGGCUACGGCUGCUGAUCCCGGCACCCGCCCGGGGCUGCACGGCCAGACGCUGCUGUCCAGCGGGCACCCCGACCUGGACCGCCUGCUGGGCGGCGGCCUGCCACUGGGCAGCCUGCUCCUGCUGCUGGAGGAUGGAUGGUCCGCCCACCACGCCACCCUGCUGCGCUAUUUCCUGGCAGAGAGCGCUGCCUGCGGCCAGACGCUGCUGCUGGCGGCAGCCCCAGCGCCGGAGGGAGGCUUGCCCAAGUUCAUUCCCGCAGAGCUGAAGGGCAGGGCUGCGGAAAAGGACGAGGACGAGGGGGGCAAGGAGCAGGAGCAGUACAAGCUUCGUAUCGCCUGGCAGUACAGGCGAUACAUUCAGGGCGGCCCAGCUGGUGCCCCUGCCGCGACUCGGGCGCCAGGAAGCCUGGCCAGCAGCAGCAGCGGUGGUGUGGACAGCAGCAGAGGCCAGGCAGGUGCGCAUGCGCCCGCCGGUGACAGCCGCAGCGGCAGCGGUAGCGGCACGCCCAGGAGGCCGGCGGGCCUGAGGGACUGGUGCCACCGCUUCGACCUGCUCAAGGCAGCUGGAGAGGAGGGCCUGCAGCAGUGCAGAGCCGAGCUAGUAGACUGCAGCGGCGGCGGCAGCAACAGCAGCAGCAGCGGCGAUGGCAGCAGCGGCGGCGGCGACGGCAUACCGCGGCUGCUCUCCGCUGCGGCAGCGUUCGUGCAGUCCCUCGCCCCGCCCCAGCCAGCUGGCGGCGGUCCCGCAGCAGCAGCAGCGGCGGCGGCGGCGGCAGCCUCUCCGGCGCCGCCCGCGACGGGAGCGCGAGCGCCUGCGCCUUCCGUGCUGCCGCCUCGAGGUCCGCAGCACGUGGGGCGCAUUGCGGUGCUGUCCCUCGGCUCACUGGGCUGGCAGCCGGGGGAGGAGGAGGGCCGGGGCGCGGCCGGCGGCGGCGGCAGCAGCUGCGCCCACGGCUCUUGGCAGCAACCGUCCGGGAACGGCCAGCCAGGGCAGCCCCCGACCACUGCCGACGGCGCCGCCGUGGCGCGCGCCUUGCUGCAGCUCAAGGGGCUGGUGAGGGACCAGCGGUGCGCCGCCGUGGUGUCCGUGCCCGCGCCGCUCUUCUCCCAGUCUGACCUGGCGCUGAUGCAGCACCUGGUGGACGGCGUGGUGGCGCUGGAGAGCGUGGCAGACGGCUCAGACAUCGCCAGGCUGGCGCCAGACCCCGCCAGCGUGGCGGGCCUGCUGCACCUGCGCAAGCUGCCCUGCCUGGGUGCGGCGGCGCCGCCGGCCCCGGAGGCCGCGCUGCACCUGGUGCGCCACAAGCGGCGGCGGCUGGCCAUCACACCUGUGGAGAUUGACCCCGAGGCGGAGCUGGCAGACGCAGAGGCGGCUGGUGGCGCGGGCAGGAGCGCGGCCGCGGCGCUGUGCGGCGGCCCGCCAAAGGCCGACGGGGCAGUCGACUUCUGA